AAACCCAAAGGAUAAUAAAUUAACAGAAACAUUUUAAUAGAUUGAAUAAGAAGUUAAAAACUCAUCCUAUAAACCUCUCAUAAACCACUCUUCUACACCAUGGCCCCCUCUCCCUCUCCCUCUUCUUCGCUUCUCCUCUCCCCUUCUUUGCUCUCCAUUCUUCCUCUUUCUAAACCACACUGUUUUUCACCAUUCAAACUCUCCAACUCUAAUUCCAGGAACAGCUCUUUAUCUUCAAAACGACACACUUCCAUUGUCGUCUAUGCUAAAGCUAAGGCUAAAGCUAAAGAUAAGCCGCCUCCUUUGCUUUACCAGACAACCACAGUAGAAGAGCUAGAAGUAGAAGAACAAGAAGAUGAUGAUGAAGAAGAAGAAAUGGAAGAAGAAUUUGACACAGUUAACAUAGCCGAGGAUGUCACUCAGUUGAUCGGGAGAACGCCAAUGAUAUAUCUCAACAAAGUUACACAGGGCUGUGUGGCUCAUAUUGCUGCGAAACUUGAAUCCAUGGAACCUUGCCGGAGUGUCAAGGAUAGAAUUGGCUACAGUAUGAUUUCUGAAGCUGAAGAGAGUGGAGAGAUUUCUCCUGGGAAGAGCAUAUUAGUUGAACCGACUAGUGGAAAUACGGGACUUGCUAUUGCUUUUGUUGCAGCAACCAAGGGUUACAAACUCAUUGUCACCAUGCCUGCUUCAAUAGGUCUUGAGAGAAGAAUCCUGUUACGUGCAUUUGGAGCUGAAAUUGUUUUGACUGACCCACGGAAAGGUUUGAAAGGGGCGGUUGAGAAGGCUGAAGAAAUUGUUCUCAGAACACCAAACGCAUACUUGUUUCAACAGUUUGAGAAUGUGGCUAAUGUAAAGAUACACUUUGAAACUACAGGACCUGAGAUAUGGGAGGAUACUCUAGGCAAUGUUGACAUGCUUGUUGCUGGAAUUGGAACUGGUGGUACUGUAACAGGCACUGGGCGUUUCUUGAAGUUGAUGAAAAAAGAAAUUAAGGUAGUUGGUGUGGAGCCUGCUGAAAGGAGUGUAAUCUCAGGAGAAAACCCAGGUUUUAUACCAAGCAUCUUGGAAGUUAAAUUGCUCGAUGAAGUUGUCAAGGUCACAAAUGAUGAAGCUGUUGAAAUGGCUAGGAGACUAGCCUUGGAGGAAGGUUUGCUGGUUGGUAUUUCGUCAGGAGCUGCUGCAGCUGCUGCAGUCAGUUUAGGGAAAAGGCCUGAGAAUGCUGGAAAGCUCAUUACAGUUAUAUUUCCAAGCUUUGGUGAGAGGUACAUACCUACUGUUCUUUUUCAGUCUAUAUACGAAGAGGUUCAAAAUAUGCGGCCAAGAUAGUAGAAAUUUCUCAGAAACUGGAAUUCUUGCAUCUUCAACUGAUGGACCAUUUCAUUGCACGCAGGUAUAGUCUUGGUUUAUUGUAGAUGAAGGUGUCCAAAUAAAGUUUUGUCUCGUCUCAUAUUUUGAUAUCCCAUCCUCUCUCUAUGUGCAUAUGCAUUCUCUAGGACAACAAUUUGGAUAUGCUGACCAAGAUGUGGGGCAGAAGGGGUGCUGCUUAUCAUGACAAUGAAUACUGCAUUGUGUCAUGUGCCGGUAAUGGUCCAUAUCAGAAGAGAAGCUGUUCUACGAUCAUUCCUGUUUGAAGAUCAGAUAAUUUUGCACCGAUGGAUAGGAUUUGCUUAUCAACCAAGCUCAUAUCCAUGACUGUUCUGUAUGAAAGGUCAAUUUUGAUUGUGAUAGACUGGUGGACCUCAUCAAGGACAAUGGGAGACUUAUCUAAGAUGAUGAGCAUUUAAUCAAUGUGAAAUUAUUAAGUAGGACCCUGAUUGUGAUUGUGAUUGUGAUUUUCUUUCUUCUUUUCUUUUUUCCUCAGAAACAUGUACUCUAGUGGACGGCAGGGAUAAUAAGCAGAUUCUAAUCUAAUCAUUUUACCAUUUUGAAUUAUUCAAUAAAUUCAUUAUCAGUC